GGCGCAUGCGCGCCGCUCACCUCGGAAGUGCUUAGCAGCAGCAUGGAAUGAGGGGACCGGAGCCGCGGCCACAAGUGAACUCCCUAGUGUCACCAUGGCAGCGCUCGUCAGAUUAGGAACCUUACAGGUACGAAUAAAUUCCCAUCUUGCAGUUUGCAGUGCAAUACAACAGAGUGCAGCACAGAAUCUAUGGCACGGAUCAUGUCCUAACACAAAAAAGAGUCUUUGUACUUUUACGACGGGGCUGAAAGAUGAACAUAAAGGCCUACUUCACACAGCCGCUGGGAAACAAAUAUGGAAGACAAUGCUGCACACCACACAAAGAAACAGUACCACUAAAGAUGAACUCCGACCUACAGAAGAAGAGGUUGGAACAUUUACGAAGAUAAUCGAGGCAAUGGGCUUUACUGGACCGCUGAAAUAUAACAAAUGGAAAAUUAAAAUAGCUGCUUUGCGCAUGUAUACCUGUUGUGUGGAGCGAAUAGAUUACGAUGAGUUUUUUGAGAAAUGCAAUCUGCCUGAUACAUUGAAUUCCUGGUUCCUUGUGACGCAACUACAUGUAUGGAUGUGCAUGGUUCGAAUGAAGCAGGAAGGACGAGCCGGAAAGUACAUGUGCAGAUUUAUUGUCUAUUCUAUGUGGGAAGAUGUCGAACAGCGUGGGAAAGUCAUGGGGAUUGAUCCAGUGAUGAUGAAGAACACAAUGAAAGCUUUAACAGAAAUAUUUUACGCGUCUAUAUUUGGAUAUGAUGAGGGGAUAAUAUCUGAUGAUCGUAUUCUUGCCAGUGCGCUUUGGCGCAAUCUUUUUAACCUGAAGUGCGAUGAUCCUCGGCAUCUGGAACUAAUGGUUGAAUAUGUGCGCAAGCAGAUGCAAUACCUGGAUUCACUAAACGGAGAAGAUCUUCUCUUAACUGGUGAAGUAGCUUGGCGGCCUCUUGUGGAGAGUGAUCCUCAAAGCAUUCUAAAGACAACUCCCCCCACAUACAAUGAUGAAGGACUUUAAAAUGCUCGAUGGGUGUCUCUAUAAGAAAGCACAUUGUGUCUCUAGCCCUAAAGGCCAUCAAAAAAGAAUGGUUUGUGGAAAAUUAUUAAAAAUAAAGAACCCGUUUUUUUUUUAUAUAUAUAUAUAUAUGUUUAGUGGAUUGGUUUACAUAAAUUUCAGGGAAUAGAUUAAAGGGGUAUUCCGGCUUUAUACAUCUUAUCCCCUAUCCAAAGGAUAGAGGAUAAGAUGUAUGAUCGCAGGGGAACCCCCGCGAUCUCUGUGCAGCCCCCGGCAUUCUGUGCCGGGUGCUGCCUAAGAGACGGGGACGUGACGUCACGACCACACCCCCUCCAUUCAUGUCUAUGGGAAGGGGGUGUGACAUGGCGUCAUUAGGGGUGUGGCCGUGACAUCCCAUCCCUGUCUCGGAGGCAGCAUCCGAUGCAGAAUGCCGGGGGCUGCCUAAGAGACGCGGACGUGACGUCACGACCACACCCCCUCCAUUCAUGUCUAUGGGAGGGGGCGUGACUGCCGUCACGCCCCCUCCCAUAGACAUGAACGGAGGGGGGUGUGACAUGGCGUCAUUAGGGGUGUGGCCGUGACAUCACAUCCCUGUCUCGGAGGCAGCACCCGACACAGAAUGCCGGGGGCUGCACCGAGAUCGUGGGGGUCCCCAUCGGCGGGACCCCUGCGAUCAUACAUCUUAUCCUCUAUCCUUUGGAUAGGGAAUUAGAUGUAUGAAGCCGGAAUACUCCUUUAACAUACUGUGGACUCGCCAGCAGAGUCUCUUCUUCUCUUUGCCCACUCGAGUCAGUGCGUGGUAUACUAUGCAAUCUCCAUCAUAGCCGAUGGUGUUUCAUAUUCUGGCACAUUUUUUCACUCCAUAACACUGUGACCGAUACAGUUUACUCUUCAUCCUGAACUGACAUAGAUAUAUAGUUUGACAUCCUAUAUUAUUCAGAUGGCCUAUUUUUGGGGGGGACCUUUAAAUGUUGACGGUUGUAUUACUUUUAUAUAGAAUAUUGGUUUCUACUGUUGGAAUAAAUUUUAACGUUCAGGCGUUUCGUCGCUCAUUUUUCUGUUUUGAGGAUGAUGUCUGAAACUGUAAUUGUCUUCCUCUGAGACACUGGAAACUUCGAAGUCCUUCUGCAGACGCCUAGUCUACUGGUCCAGAUGGAGAAUCCUUAUUAGGACUUAUUAGGGCUCGCACCAUUGUUACAUGCUGUUUAUUGUUGUACUGUUUCAUGUGGCCAAUGGAACAAAGGGUGUCCUCAAGCAUAAGGACCCAGCACAAAUUCAACCUGCGUACUCUCUAUAGUUAUGCCACAAGGUAAGGCUAUGUUCACAUUCGUUUCUGCUUUAUAUUUGCUGUAGGCUAAUGACCCCGUUUAAUCAGGUGGCCUUGCCUUUGACAGUAUAUGCUCAGAAAUGGAUCGAACAUAGGCACUAAUAGAUAUUGUUCAGUCCAUUGAAGUGAGUAGAGAUCGGAUACUCAGUAGUAUAUGUUGGCAUACCGGUAUAUACUGUGAACGUUUUGCCUUUAUGAAGUGUGAACUUACCCUAACCGAGAGUAUUACCUUCCUCUAGACUAUAUGGUGAGUGGGGUGAACUGUGUAUGAAGAAAAAUGUAAUGUUUCUAACUCCCCUGAGGAGAAGCUGCAGAAAAUAUAUUUCCAAACUGGGUGACCAAUCUCUAUGAAAAAGAUCAAAUUAGUUUUUCGAGCAAGGUAGACCCAACUGGAUGGUGUUCUUGGCCUUUUGAUCUUCUGAACGUACAAAGCUGUGUCAAAGCCGUGGGACCCUGUGUGUUACUAUGCUAUCAUUGUUAGAUUCUAAUAGUAUUUUUUAUUACCUGACUCUUGCACAGCCUCCCAUACAUGGGGUAUAAAAAGGCGACAUAUUUGCUUUGUUGGUGUCUGGUCGAGGAGGACUAUAGACUUUCCAUAUGCUGAAGAGCGGCCGGUCUCCGACCUUUGGCUCUGCAACCGUAGACUAUACAAUCCAUGUUGGGUGUGCAUGACUUUGAAUUUGCUAGAAAACAUUUACAUGAAAACUGUGAACAAAUUUAAUAAGGGUAGGGUCUCGCAAAGCAUGGUGGCCGAGAUGUGGACCUGGUGCCAUUGGAAACCAUAUGGGCACACGGUUCGGUAACCAUAUGGGCACACUCUUUGGUAACCAUAUGGGCACACUGCUCGGUAACCAUAUGGGCACACUGUUGGGUACUUCUUUUUAUUUAUUGGUCGUAAAUAAUCGGACCCUUGCUGUGCAAUUCUGCUUAAGGUAAACAGCAAAGCCACACGGCCAUUAACAUAGAACAAUAGGAAACCAUGCAGAACAGUGCGUCCAUGUGGUUUUAAGGCCCCAUAAGAUCUGUACAGUAUUCACUGUUUUACAAUAAUGCUUAUUAAUGAAAGCCAUGACCUCAAACCUCAAAAAGGGCAUUUCUAAGAUGAUAUAAUAGUGGGUGCACUUAGUGUCUCCUGGGGGCCUGAAAGGUGACAAAUAAUACAUAGACAUUUAGCACUACCACCACUUUUCAAGCAAGAAAUAGUGUUUACCUCCUUAAGGGUCAUGUAAUGUCUCAGCAAAGUGACAUGCCCUACAUCAGUGCUCUUCAAUCUGUAGACCUCCAGAUAUUGCUAAAAAAUACAAUACAUAUAUACAUUACAAUCUGCAGGUAUCAUGUCAUAGAGCAGGAGGAGCUGAGCAGAUGAUAUAUACAAUACAGUACAAUCUGCAGGUAUCAUGUUAUAGAGCAGGAGGAGCUGAGCAGAGGAUAUAUACAAUACAGUACAAUCUGCAGUUAUCAUGUCAUAGAGCAGGAGGAGCUGAGCAGAUGAUAUAUACAAUACAGUACAAUCUGCAGGUAUCAUGUUAUAGAGCAGAAGGAGAUGAGCAGAUGAUAUAUAUACAAUACAGUACAAUCUGCAGGAAUCAUGUUAUAGAGCAGGAGGAGCUGAGCAGAUGAUAUAUACAAUACAGUACAAUCUGCAGGUAUCAGGUUAAAGAGCAGGAGGAGCUGAGCAGAUGAUAUAUACAAUACAGUACAAUCUGCAGGUAUCAGGUUAAAGAGCAGGAGGAGCUGAGCAGAUGAUAUAUACAAUACAGUACAAUCUGCAGGUAUCAGGUUAAAGAGCAGGAGGAGCUGAGCAGAUGAUAUAUACAAUACAGUACAAUCUGCAGGUAUCAUGUUAUAGAGCAGGAGGAGCUGAGCAGAUGAUAUAUACAAUACAGUACAAUCUGCAGACCUCAUGUUAUAGAGCAGGAGGAGCUGAGCAGAUGAUAUAUACAAUGCAGUACAAUCUGCAGACCUCAUGUUAUAGAGCAGGAGGAGCUGAGCAGAUGAUAUAUACAAUACAGUACAAUCUGCAGGUAUCAGGUUAAAGAGCAGGAGGAGCUGAGCAGAUGAUAUAUACAAUACAGUACAGCUAUCUCGGCAUCUCAGUAGGACCCCCCCCCCCCCCCCCCCUGGACUUCUUAACUCAGAAUAAGCAGGUAUUUAAAUAAGUAAGUUAUAAUUCAUACUAAAUCUUUUUUUAUAAGAAAAACUAUAUAUCUGCUCAGCUCCUCCUGCUCUAUACCAUAAUGUUGAUAAAUGGAAUAGCAUUUUCAUGUUGACAGGUUUCCUUUAAGGAUAGAUCCCCUAUUACAAUAAUGGGGAAGAUCAUUGUGUAUUUCUAAUGUGAAAGGUAUAUUUUCUAUUAAUUAGUAGGAUUACUCGAUAGCCAAAGGAUCUGCUGGGUCACUAGGAAUCCACUCAAGUACUUUUCUUUCUGGGUAUUUCUGUAUGUUUUGUUUAGAUGUUAUAGAAGUGAUAUAUUUGGUUAUUCAAUAACUUAUAUAAUUACACUGUAAAACAUUAACGUAUUAAGGGUAAAGUGUGGUACAAAUAAAUAUAUAUAAAGUCUAUAGAACAAAUAUUUUGGGAAAGUGAUGUACA